GUCCCAGCGGUUGCAAGCCAAGAUGGCGGCAGUCGGCCCACCGUGCAUUCGUGCAGUGUUGGCUGGAGCUGGUGUGGCAAUGAUGGGUGAGGCACCUGUGGUCAAUGCUGUGUUGCAACUGACUCAGAAACAGCCUUCCGAGGUGAGGCUUCUCUACUUGGGCACGGCUACAUAUGACAUAGCAUCAUUUAGGCAGAAGCAGACAGGGGCGUUCGCAGAUCGCGGCGUGGUCGUCAACACCUUAGACGUGGCAUGCCGCACGCCGACGCCAGCUGUGGUUGAGGAAGCCAUAAACGGUGCCGAUAUCAUCCUCGUUUCAGGCGGGAACACCCUGUUCGCAGUGGAUCGCUGGCACAAGGCUGCGAUGGUGGAGCCACUUCGCCGGGCCAUGGGCCGUGGGGCGGUUCUCUGUGGUGGCUCGGCCGGAGCCGGUUGCUGGUUCGACGCUUUGCACUCGGACAGCAUGGAUCCCGAUUGGUAUCGGGACAUCAUGCUGGCGGGAAAGGGUGCGGCUGCAGAGAAGGCUCCAGGACUCCUGUGUCCGCAUCACGACCGUGUUCAGAGUAACGGUGUCCUCCGCUCUACCGAUUUUGCCGAGAUGCUGCGACGCCAUCCGGGGGAGACGGGCUUAGCCAUCGAUCAUUUUGCCGCCCUCGUGCUGUGCAACGCUGAGUAUCAAGUGCUGACGCUGCCCGACAAGCCAGGCUCCCUAAUGCCGGACGGAACGAAUCAGCCUGGUCAGGGUGUUCCGGGUGUUUGGCUUAAGUCUGUGGCUGCGGAUGGCGUGAUCCAGGAGGAGGCACUUCCCAAACAGGGCCCGACAGUGGCAUUACUGCAUCCGGCGCGAGCUAUUGUGGAAGAUGUUCGGGUGGAGAAGGUGCGUGCGGCCAAUCCCAGCCAGCAAGACAUACUCAAUGCAGUGCAGGAUGAAUACUUCAAUCGGUACUUGGACCAGCUGGGCAUCGCGCCCACUGCUGCGAACAAGGCGCAGAUGCUCAAGUUUCGCCCCAUGGACGAUUGCGAAGUGCAUUCAAUGUGGGCAGAUGACACGAGUUCAGGUCUUGCAUCAGCUCUUCGCAUAGCUCCCCCGCUGCGCCACCGUGUGGGGUAUGAGGACGAAGAGCCUUUAGACAGAGCCAUCAUUGCCCACCUUUACGGAGAAGCAGAUGACAUACCGGUGGAACCUCCGAACGUGCCGGG